GAAAAUAAGAAGAAAGAACUCCUUCUUCUUUCUUUCUUUCUUAUCUCUUCUCUUUCUUCUUUUUUUUCCUUUUCCUUUUUUUUUGUUUUGUUUUGUUCAUGAGGGUCAAGGAGCACUCACGUGGCAAAGCGUAUAUAGAGAGGUCUCACCUGUUCAUACAGGGGUUCCGGGGCUUCAGCUGACGAAUCUCAUCAUUUGAUGACGACCCGAACCCUCACCAAGACAAACUGAAGCUGAAGACAACGUCCUGACAAAGACAGGCCGGGUAAAGCAUGAGCCGCAUGACACUUCACUCGAGAACAUGGGAAUCGUCCGUACCAUAGCACUUAUUGUGCUUGGGAUUUCCUUCUUUGUUUUUGUUCUUUUUUUCGGAAGACUUCCUGCUCUGAGGCGUACUCCUAUAGCGACCCUGCACAAAUGGGUUUUUCUACAUAUCCCUCAUGGCCUCGUUGCGUUGGACGAGGUCGUCACCGGCCGUCGCUUGACCCGGUCCUUAGCAAGGUUCAUUGAUUACAUGAUCCAUGAUCGCCAUCCUACCAUCGUGAUAUUCUUCCUGAGCCUACUCGUGGGAGGCGAAUACCUCUAUCUCCCCUCCGCAUGGCCCAUGAUGUCGACAUGGCACCGAGUCGCCGGAGCCAUCGUAAUCCUCCUCCCGUAUGUGUUCCUCUAUCUCUCCGUCAUGGCCGACCCGGGAUAUAUCACGCCGGAGAACCACGCGUACUACAUGUCCCUCUACCCGUACGACUACUCCAUCUUUCACCCGGGCCAGGAGUGCAGGACCUGCGGCUUCUUGAAACCUCCGAGGUCCAAGCACUGCAGCAUCUGCAAGCGCUGCGUCGCCAGACUCGACCACCACUGCAUCUUCAUCAACGGCUGCGUCGGCUAUGGCAACCACCGCUGGUUCGUCCUCCUCCUCCUCUCCACCGCCUUCCUUACCGCCUAUGGCGCCCUGCUGGGCUUUUCCCUGCUUUCCAACCUCAUCACCUCCCGCUACCCGGAUUGGUCCCUCUGGCCGCCCCGGAACAUGGAUAUUACGCGCUACCUCCUCAUCUGGUCCUGGGGCCUGCAGGACAACGUCAACAUGGGCGCCGUCUCCCUCCUCGCCGCCCUGACGUCCCCGCUCGUCUGGGGCCUCCUCGUCUACACCGUCUGGCUCAUCUACUGCGGCACCACCACCAACGAGUCCCUCAAGUGGUCUGACUUGAGGGACGACAUGGACGACGGCCUUGUCUUCAAGCGCCGCAUGUCUCCCGACCGGCCCCGCGACACCCGCCUCGAGUCUACCUGGACCCGCUGGCCCCUCGACGCCCAGCAGGUCCUGGUUCGCACCGACGACGGCAUGCCACCUGGCCCCGGUGGGCCCGGCGAGGGCGCGUGGGACCGCGUCUGGAAUAUCAGGGGUGUGGAGAACCUAUACGACAUGGGGUUUUGGGAUAACCUGAUGGAUGUUUUCGUGCGGGAUUACUCCUUUGGUGCGAGCCGCGAGCAACCUGCCGUCGAGAAUGACACGCGGAGAAGAAAGGCGCCCAAGACAUCUCGCUUCUGAGGGACGCAUGUUAGGGAAAUUCCCUCGUGAAGAGACUUACGGGGUCUUGGUAUGAGCUACCAUAUCAAUGUCCGAGGUCUGGCUGGCAUGCUUCGGGAGCAAUCGAUGUUGAUUAGUGCAUAAUAUGCCAAUGGAGUAGGUUAGCAACAAUUCGCGUGUCUUUUUAUGACGGUGACCUUUGCUAGAAAGAGAAAGAACCGUAGCAGUUUGGCUCCAUUAACCUUAGUGCCCUGAGUGAGUGGUAGGUCCCGACCAAAGACUGACCAUGCGGGAGAUGUCACAUGCGGACGGGGACAGCGAGC